UGUGUGUGGAGUGAGGCGGCCUGCGGGAGAGAGAGUGAGAGAGAGGCAGAGUGCCCUGCGUCGGUAGCCGUGCUUAGUCGACGUCGACUUCGUCGUCUUCGUGUUUGUAUCUGUGAGUAUCUUUGCGAGUCAGUCGUCAAUCGGAUCCCACGACCAUCGACGUCUGUUCUCGCAGGGUUGGUUGGUUGGUUGGUCGCAAGGCACGGCGAGCGAGAGGCGUACUCGGAGGAGGCGAGAGACGGAGGAAGAGGGCGAGACUUUGGGGUAUAGGGAGGAUUAGUUUUUUUUUUUUUUUUUUUUUUUUUUUUUUUUGGGUUUUUUUCUUCUCCUUCUUCUUGUGUGUGUUGUUUUCUUGUUUUUAUGUUUGUUUGUUUGUUGGUUUUUUUUUGGUAUUUCGUUAUUUUUUUCUCCCUCCCCCGUGUGUUAUCUUCGCCACCUUGGAACCGGGUUUGAAAGUCUGGAGGAGUGGAGAGGCCGGGGUUAGGGUUAGAGUGGAGGAGAGCAGGAGUGGUGAUUAUAUGCGAUCGUGGCGAUGGACGGGGAUCGGUAUUUGGGAGUGACCGAGCCGAUCUCGACGGCCGACCCGACUGAGGUGGACUAUGCGAACACAAAGCAACUGGAGGAGUUUGUGAAGGGGCUGGCUCUCCAGGGGAGCCGGGAAGAGGAGGUGCGGCGGGAGGAGGUUCUGGGGCUGUUGGAUGAGCUGGUGAAUGUGUGGGUGAAGAUGGUGAGUCGGAUGAAAGGGCUGAACGACGAGUAUGUGAGAGAGGCGCGGUGUAAGAUUUUCACGUUUGGGUCCUAUCGGCUUGGCGUGCAUGGGCCGGGGGCCGAUAUCGAUACGCUGUGUGUUGGACCCUGCUAUGUGACGCGUGAGGAGGAUUUCUUCGUGGAAUUGCAUGAUUUAUUGCAGAAGACGGACGGAGUCACCGAGCUGCACACCGUGCCGGACGCUCAUGUGCCUGUCAUGAGUUUUGAAUUCAAUGGGAUCCCUAUUGAUCUAUUGUACGCACGCCUGCCCUUGUGGGUCAUCCCUGAGGAAUUGGACAUUCUGCAAGAUAGCAUCUUGCAGAACGUGGACGAGCAGAGCGUGCGGAGUUUGAAUGGGUGCCGGGUUACGGAUCGGAUUCUGCGCCUGGUGCCUAAUAUAGAGCAUUUUCGGACUACUCUGAGGUAUGUCAAGCUGUGGGCCAAGAGGCGAGGGGUGUAUUCCAAUGUCAUCGGGUUUCUGGGAGGUGUUAACUGGGCUUUGCUUGUGGCUCGCAUUUGCCAAUUAUACCCUAACGCUGUGCCGAGCGUGCUGUUGUCGAGGUUCUUUCGAGUCUACAAGCAGUGGCGCUGGCCUAACCCAGUGAUGCUCUGUGCAAUCGAGGAGGGUUCUCUCGGUCUUCCCAUCUGGGAUCCACGCAAGAACCCCAGAGACAGGUCGCACUUGAUGCCCAUCAUAACCCCCACGUAUCCCUGUCAAAAUUCAAGUUUCAACGUCUCCAACAGCACUUUGCGGGUGAUGACGGAGGAGUUUAAGCGUGGGGAUGGCGUUUGUGACUCUUUGGACUCCAAAGUGGCAGAUUGGAGUAAGUUGUUUGAACCAUACCCCUUCUUUGAAAGUUACAAAAACUACCUACAAAUCGAGAUUACUGCAGGAGACGAGGAAGAUCUUAGAAUCUGGAAAGGCUGGGUAGAAUCGCGGCUUAGACAGCUCAUUCUCAAAGUGGAGAAAGACACCUUCGGUAUGCUUCAGUGUCAUCCACACCCCAAUGCUUUUCAUGACACAAGUAAGAAAGUUCAGGUUUGUUCUUUCUUUGUGGCUUUGCAACGUAAGCAAGGUGCUCAACACUCUUCAACUCCAUUUGACAUGUGUCACACAAUAGCUGAAUUCAAACACUCAGUUAAUCAGUACUUAUUGUGGAAGCCGACGAUGAAAAUCGGUGUGUCGCAUGUCCGACCGAAGCAGAUACCGACCUAUGUCUUUCCAAAUGGGAUCCGUCCAGUACGGCCUCCAAGGCCCCCGCUCCUGAGUGGGCGACCAGGGUCCGGGCCUAACAUGGAUAACGUACCGACUUCUCUGUCCCCGGAAGCGAGCACAAGGGCUGUUGUGACCCCACCGAGUGACGGAAAGGUCUCCGAUGGAAAAGAAAGUAAAGAGCCUGAGCUCUCGAUUCCCGACACCAAGAGGGGUGCCGAGAGUCUCGGGGUACUUGGAGGACCCCAUUCGAAAAGGGUUAGGGUUGAGCUCAGGUCUGAGAGUUGACUGUCAAGGUGGAGAGGGUCUUUCUCGGCAUUAAUAAUUUGCAGGAAUCUUGUAUUGUAAUUUGGAGGUCAUUUACCCUGUCAUUCCCACGCCCAAGCACCAAGGGGGUAGAUUUUCUGUGAAUACAGCGGAGUUCGGUAAUUUGGGGGAGUUUAGAGGGUAGUUUGCUAUUGAUGCCAUAGAGUUUUCUCCUUGGAAAUUGCGUGAUCUUUGAAUCAGCACAGCUUGUAGGGUUCUUAGAUCACCUAAUUUCCUUGAAGAACCAGUUUAAAAGGAAUUAUGAUGCUGAAUGCUCUGGGUAGGUCGGAGUGAGGAAGCUACUAUUUUGAAACAAUUCAAGUUUAGCAGAGUAGGAAAAUGAGUUGCUCUAAACCCAGUUUCAGCAUCGAAAAUGAACAAAAAAAAGAGUAGGAUGAGUCCAGAAUCUCGUGUAAUAUGUCCUUCAGUAUUUUAGCUUGUAUGAUAAUUUUUUUUGGCUAGCCACGCUUUUGUGUUCCUAAUGACAUUUACCUGCAAUGUAUUUGUUGGGUUGCCCAUCGUCCUUUACCGCAAUAAAGUUGUCCGGUUUCCGCCCAAUGGACAAUCACUGUUUCUCCA